AUGAGGCUGGUGGUGGUGGGAGCCGGCGGCGUCGGCAAGAGCGCGCUGACCAUCCAGCUCAUCCAGAACCACUUCGUGGACGAGUACGACCCCACCAUUGAGGAUUCAUAUAGAAAGCAGGUUGUUAUUGAUGGAGAGACGUGCUUGUUAGACAUCCUGGACACUGCGGGACAGGAAGAGUAUAGUGCCAUGCGUGAUCAGUACAUGAGAACUGGGGAAGGAUUCCUCUGUGUUUUUGCCAUUAACAACAGUAAAUCGUUUGCUGAUAUUAACCUUUACAGAGAACAGAUCAAGAGAGUGAAAGAUUCAGAUGAUGUGCCAAUGGUGCUAGUUGGGAAUAAGUGUGAUUUGCCCACAAGAACAGUAGACACAAAACAGGCUCAAGAAUUAGCAAAAAGCUAUGGAAUCCCCUUCAUAGAGACAUCUGCUAAAACAAGACAGGGUGUGGAAGAUGCUUUUUACACACUGGUGAGAGAGAUCCGGCAGUACCGGAUGAAAAAGCUCAACAGCAACGAAGAUGGGAAUCAAGGCUGUAUGGGAUUGUCUUGCAUUGUGAUGUGAUAAGAUGCCAAGAAUACGUGGUUCAGAUGUAGCUGCUGGACGAGUCUCGAUGCUACUGUGUUGCGUCUCAUGCUGAUGCCCUGCAGUAUUUUGGUGCCAGUGACCAGAAUCUUGGUACCGGUUAAUUAGCACAAAGUCCUUUUCUGUGCUCCAUCUGAAGAGAAUAUCGAUGGCGUCUACCUCCUUGCUCAGCUAAUGGAGCAGUCGCAUCUCUUGAUGUACUGGGAUUCUUUUCUGGGUUUGUUCAAGAAGAAAACCAGUCACAAGAAAAGUGAACUAUAGAGACUAAAUGCUGUGAAAAAGAUGACACUUUACCUCUAGAGUAAAAGCUAGAAGUGAUGUUUGUCCCCUUUCUAUUGGAUUCUGAUUUGCAGUCUGUCAGAGGCGUGGCACUAAUCAUUGCUUGGCAGGUAAUGACAGAAAUGGUUUUGCCACAAUGAAUGCUCCUGUCACGUAUCAGAUUGGUAUCUGCUCUCUGUGCACCCCUACAGCAUAUUUGCAACAUCUCCUUUGUGCCAGGAGUACCACUUAACUGAUCUUCAUUUUCUGUAAUAAAAAGGAGAUGUCUUUCCUAACUUAAGUGCCUGUUUGCUAAGAAGAUUUGAAGUUGUCCCCUGUUCCCUUGGGUUGAGGAAAACCCCAAGGACUGGAAUUUCUUGGAAGCUCAUUGUCUUAAGCAGGCAAGUCUUGUGUGGGUGAUCUCUUUGCCUGACAGGAUACUAAAACAGGAAUUUGUAGGCUGGAAGAUCCAGCAGGCACUUGUAAGACUCGAACUAGGGAGGGUGACAUACUGCAUCUGUUUUUUACUUUCUUUGUAGGUGGAACUGUCUUUAUUCUAUAUUGUUUUUCUGCAGCAUUCAGAUCUCUUCCAAGUUGGACCAAAUUAGUCAGCUGUUCAGUUUUAACAUUAACUGCCAACAUUUAUGGGCAGCUUCUCAAUAGUUAAUCUAGUAACUGGAGGUUAGUUAGUUUGGACAGCUGUUAUUCAGCUCUGUCUGUAACUUGCAAAUUAUGUUAUUCUGAAUUAUUUUCUUACCAGCAGACUGUAAACAUAGUCUUUUCAAAAUGUCUCUCUGU